CCUCUGUUCCUUGCGUGUACUCAGAAGCUGGAACAUUUUGUUUAUGAAGCUAAAUGAGUUCGUACAGCUUGACAGCCUGUGGCACAUCAACCUGGCUUUCUCUUUAUUAACAGCAAAACGCUAUAAAUUGCUGACAGGGUAACGUUUAACCUCUCCAAACAACAAGCAGGUAGACGUAAGGGCGUCAAACUUCAUUAGUUUAGAGUUAAAGUAAUGAAAGAUAAACACGUCCUCCCUUCAUGCUUACUUUCAACAAAAAACAAGUUAUGGAUAUUUGCGACGGGAAGAAGAGGAGAAAGGUAAGUGGCUGUGUGCGGGGCUGUAGGCGGACUGUGGCUGGAAAGAUGAGGCGGGAGGCUUGCAAAGUCCUCCGCUCCCUCACGGUGGAGGAUAACAAUCACACGGAGCCCAUGGAGGAGGAAGAGGACGACGACUGCUUCUCCAUCAGCUUCCUCCGGAAUGAGCGCCUGGAGCCCGCCAUGGUAGUAUCUCCCCGGUACAGUCUGCUACGGGAGGUCGGCCGGGGAAGCUAUGGGGUGGUGUAUGAGGCUAUAGCCCGGAAGACAGGGACCAGGGUAGCGGUGAAGAGGCUCCAGUGCGACGCCCCGGAAAACGUAGAGCUGGCUCUAGCCGAGUUCUGGGCCCUGACGAGCCUGGAGAACCGACAUCAGAAUGUGGUCCAGCUGGAGGAAUGUGUUCUGCAGAGGAACGGCCUGGCCCAGAAGAUGAGCCACGGCAACAAGAGGUCCAAACAGUACCUACGUUUGGUUGAAACCUCACUCAAAGGGGAGCGCAUCCUGGGUUACCCAGAGGAGCCGUGCUACCUCUGGUUCGUCAUGGAGUUUUGUGAGGGUGGGGACCUCAACCAGUACAUCUUGUCCCGGCGGCCUGACCCCCAGACCAAUAGGAGCUUCAUGCGGCAGUUGACGAGUGCAGUAGCUUUCCUGCACAAGAACAACAUUGUCCAUCGUGAUUUGAAGCCAGACAACAUUCUCAUCUCACAGAAAUCUGGUUCACCUGUUCUCAAAGUAGCCGACUUUGGCCUCAGUAAGGUUUGUGCUGGCCUCAAUUCCAAGAACAGUGAAGAACACCCCACAGCAGGAGCAGGUAGCAAAGGCAGCAAUCAGAACAACAUCGUCAAUAUUAACAAGUUCUGGUUGUCAUCAGCUUGUGGCUCAGACUUCUACAUGGCCCCUGAAGUGUGGGAGGGCCACUACACAGCCAAGGCUGAUAUUUUUGCCUUGGGCAUCAUCAUCUGGGCAAUGAUCGAGCGGAUCACUUUCAUUGACGCAGAGUCCAAACGUGAACUGCUCGGCACCUACAUACGGCAGGGCACAGAGAUUGUACCUGUUGGGGAGGCUUUGUUGGAGAACCCCAAGAUGGUUCUCCAUAUCCCUCAGAAGGCCAGGAGCUCCAUGUCUGAGGGGGUGAAGAAACUCCUCCAGGACAUGCUUGCAGUCAACCCUCAGGACCGACCAGAUGCCUUCCAGCUGGAGGUGCGGAUGGACCAAGUCACAUGUGCUGCAUGACAGCCUCCACUUUUCCAAAACCCUUCUUUUUUUUUACUCCAGUCUGUCAAAGAAGGGAUCUCUUUCCUUCCCAGCUUUGUUUACUACAUGGACGUGGACUCCAGUGGAAAAACGGAUCUGGGAAAAUCUGAUGUGUCACAAUGGAGCUGAGGAUGCUGAACUGGUGGACAGUGCUAGUGUCUCUGAGUUCUGACUGGAUGUGACAACCAAGAUUAUAACAUUGGUUUUAUAGUUCUUGAUUUUUGUUCCCAACAGCCCCAGUAUAGGCCUGCGCUUCCCUAAUGUAAUGUAAUGGGCUGUGGCACAGGUUACCAUACUGUAUCAGUGUUCUGAAUUCAAAGCAUGGGCUAGCCAACAUUUUCCUGAUAGUAUAUGAAUAACUAUGAACAACAGACAGCACUGCACUUCCCCGUACAACCUUGUGCCUUAAAGAUGAUUCACACCAAGUGCGAUUGGAUUUUUAAUAAGAUGAUUUUGUGGGUUACAGUGGAAUCUCACACACCAGGACAAACUUCUUGGGUCUGGAACUACUGUUCAGUUGACCAAACUCUUUUGCUUUCAGUGACGUCACACUUUUUAAACAAUAUCCCAGGAUGCAAUAAUGCCAAGUCAGAAUAUGAUAAUUUGGUGUCCUUCCUCAAAAGCUCAAGUGCAAUCAUGAUCCUGAAGCUGAACAUCCAAAAUAUAACUAAAAUGAAGAUAUCAUAUCAGUUUUGUAUCAGUGUCAUAUUUAUGCUCAUGUAAAGAAGGUUUACAAGUAUGUUUCACAAAUCUGUGCAACACUCUUAAGACAGGAAGAACAAGCGUGAUAUUAAUGGUUAUUAUGAAGAUAUACUAUAGAAUUUAUUCCUUAGAAGUAGCAGGUGUGUAACAGCUCCAUUCAGUAUUUUGUGGUUGUUACCAAACAAUGUCCAGCAGGGAAAGUAGACAGGUUUUACUGGGCAAUAAUUUCUGUUGCAUCCAAAGAGCCUCUUUUGGACAAAUUGUGUAUAUCUGUAGAGCUUAGUAUCAAAAUAUUUACUAAAUUAAUCCAUGACCAAGAAACAGUCAUGAUCAUUUGGUGGGCCAACAUUUGUUUUGGAAACUUUUUACUGAAUGUUUUUUACAUUGAAGUUGAGUGUGGCAUUUUAGGACUCCUCACAAACUGAAAUAAUACCCAGAGUACACUUCAAGAUAUCAAGUUGAUGGGUCACUUGCAGUCAUUUGUCAUUAAGAGAUAUUGAGCAUUGUUCUGUUCGCUACCUUUUGAGUUUUAAUGUUUCAUAAUGUUAUGCUGUGAAUAAUGGGUCAUUCUAUGGGAACAGUCUGACACCCGAGCAGUAGUGAGCCAUCUGAGUUGAAGAUUUACCAUCUGGAAAUAAUCCCUAAAAGCAGCCACUGGAUACUUACCCUUACUGUCUCUUCCCUUCUUCCCCUCUUUAUUGAAGUACUUCAGGCUUUGCAGUGGCAAGUAGCUGUGUAGAACACAUUCAUGCAGUGGUUGGUUGUUGCCUGUUAUCUGUGUUGUGAGAAUACUAGGGCUGGUUUUGUUACAAGUGCACCCUGAGGUUAAACAUAGAGGAGUGGUAAACAGAGGGUAGUUAAAGCAUAUGGUGGUGAGCCUGGAGAAUGAUAUGUAUUUAUAGAGUUGUCUGUUCCAGACCUAGACCUCUAGCAUUCGUGCUCCAGGACGGACCAGAAGCAUGACCAAAACCUCCUCUUGGUUUCAUUGCACUGUGAAGCAUUUGGGUUGAGUUCAGUGAGCAUCAGUAGCAUUUUGUAGUGGUCCUAUCUCAUUCUCAGCACUCUGAAACAUCCUCUCCACCGUGACAGUCUUUAUUAGUAAGCUUGCUUGAGGGGGAUAGAUUUUUACCUCAGACUCUUCAGUCCUAAAACCUGACUGACUUUCUCUGCGUGGUGUUAUGUUUAGCUCCAAUCUGUAGCACCUGUCGCCUACUUCUUGCUCCUGGUGGGACUAGUUUGGUCUCUGUAAAUGAUACAGUAAAGUAUAUGGUCUAGACCUGCUGUGUAUGAAAAAUGCCCUGAGAUAACUUCUGUCGUGCAUUGGUGCUAUAUAAAUGAAAAUAACCUGUCUCUCUGUCUAUAUUAUGGAGCUAGUCAUGCCCCAUGACCAAAUCACAAUUAUGUUGUUUGCAUUCCACAGCUACAGCUCCUAUAAGGUUCUCCAUGAUCUUACAGAGCUGGCAGGAGCGAUUACAAAAUGCAACAAAAAUUUGCACAGUUGUGUUCAGUGUAAUUGCGCCUUGACACUCAUGGGAACUUUAGUCAUUGAAUUCAAACACAAUUGUUGCUGUUGUUAAAACAUGAAGGUAUUCAGUUUUGAGAUGAGACUUUCAGUUUUUGCAUUGUGCUUAAGGACUAGUGUCACACAUAGAAAUCCAACUCUGACCUGCUCAGCAGCGUUUGAUAUUCACAUUUCAGUGUUAAACUGAACAUGGUUACAAGACUGUAUAUGUUGUGUUGAGAGUGCAUAAGCUAACUGAGGGUCUUUACAACUAAAUCAUCACUAACCCUUGUUGUCCACUUGCCCUGCCGUCACUGUGUUUUUGUAUGAGCCAUUCAUUUAGGUCUCUUUAGAGUAGUAUUGAUUCCACUUGAAAACACUAUGCAAAAUGUUUCACUGCCUCACUGUAAGCACCGUACAGAGCCACCCCCUCCUCAAGCAAUUGUGUGUAAUAUCUUGAACUUUUUUCUCUUAGUGCAUAUUUCCAGUGUGUACAGAAAUGUUUGUUUCAAAUUUUAUGUAUAAAAUCAACAGUUAUUUUGUUAAUGUUGCUGACAGGAGCCAUUAGAUGUUUGAGGAAGCAUCAUACAAUCAUGAGUUUUUGUGUAAAUAUGUUUGACAACUUUUCUUGGAAUAAAUAAUCAAAACUA